AUGCUUAAAAAGCCAAUCAGAAAUGCAGCAUCGAUGAUUGUCCUUGCACGUGAUGCAUCAAAAUCAUCAAGGUUCGAUUACAAGAUUUUAACAUUCACAAGAAGUGAAAAAACCAGCAUUUUUGACAACACAUUAUGCUUCCCAGGCGGUCAACUUCAUGAUUCAGAUGAGUCCCCAUCCUGGACAUCAUUCUUCAAGCACAACAAAGUCCCAUCCGAGCAACUUCGAAGACGAACGGAAGUCACAAAACCAUUCAUUUAUGAUCCACAAGGCAACAAUAAAAUUGAACGUGAAAUUUCACUCAGAUUGGCAGCAAUUCGUGAGACAUUUGAGGAACUUGGCAUUGCACUUUGCAGCCCAGCUUCAGACACAUCCAAAAGUAGUCCAUUUUCUGAUUAUUUUCAUUCAAAAGACUGCGACAUUCCAUUUUGGCAGAAGCAGGUCCACAACAGCCAUGAAACUCUCAUGAAUUUUUGUGAUCAAUUUGGAGUUGUGCCUAAUAUAACAGGAGUUUAUGAGCGGUCGGUGUGGCUGUCGCCGAUAUUUAAGAAGAUUUUGAAGAGAUUUACAACAGCUGUGUUUAUAACGAUGUUGGAUUCUGUACCUGAGUGUCAUCCUGAGGAGCAUGAGGUUCAUGAUUAUUUGUGGCUUACUCCAGACGAGAUCUAUAAAGGACAGCAAAAUGACAAGCUGUUCCUCCCACCGCACUUAUUUUAUGAACUUCAUCGAUUCCUCGACUGCACAAGCAUUGAUGAGAUAGCAAAGUAUGCAAAACAAAGAGAUGGCCAGUCACUUCCUCUUAUAUACCCAAUCUUUUACAUCCUUAAAGACAGCUUAGCUAUGGUCUUUCCAGGAGAUGAUUUAUAUCCAAAAAAUAUUUAUUUUUAUGAGAAAAAUUACGACACGAGGAGAUUUAGUGACAAAACUUAUGAUGAGAUUAUGAUUGGAUGCAGGAACUUCUGUAGGGCUGAAAUGGAACUUUUACAUUCAAAGAGAUUUUUAUGCAACAUUGAUGAUGGACUUUUGAGGCUGAAAAGUGAAGAAGUGAUUAAAUUUUGUUGA